AUGGUAAUCUUGUCCAAUGGUAAUCUUGAAAAUGUCAAUCAGGGGAUUGCUAAGAAGCGGAGGAGAGCUCUAGUGGCUUUUUCUCAAUCUAAUAAAAGUGUCAUCAAAUUUGACGUCCCAAAAUACGAGAGCAACCUCCAAAUUAAGAAAUGGGUCCAGAGCCUUCAAGAUCAAGGGCGAAAGAAAGCUCGGAUAUUGAGGAAGGUCGAUUGUAACAGAAAAAUGGGAGUCAUCCACGGAGGAGGCUUCGUAUCCAGGAGAGAUGCUUCGAAGGUCCAACAGCUGGUCGACGAUUGUGGCUACAAUGUUGCGACACUAUUGAUACUUGAGGGGAGGGAUUUCUCCUACAGUCCUCAUCUUGCUUAUAGGAGGUGUUUUGGCUUAUUUCUGUGGCCAAUAGUGGUAUCUGGUGAAGGAGCUUCUGGUUUUCAUCUUUUGGUGGUCAGGACAUUUGUGGUUUUAAAGAAUACCUCCUUUGGUUUUGUCUGUACGGAAGCCCGUCAGACUAUGAAGCCCUUUGUCCUUUUAGUGUUAUCUUUAUAUUUCUUCUCCGUGGUGGGGCAGCUUCCUUCUCAGGACAUUUUAGCAUUGCUGGAGUUUAAGAAAGACAUCAAACAUGACCCUAGUGGUUAUGUGCUCAAUUCCUGGAAUGAGGAAUCCAUUGACUUCGAUGGAUGCCCAUCUUCAUGGAAUGGAGUUUUGUGUAAUGGUGGUAAUGUUGCUGGGGUUGUCCUUGAUAACUUGGGUCUCUCUGCUGACACUGACUUGAGUGUGUUUUCAAAUCUCACCAAGCUUGUGAAACUCUCUAUGUCCAACAAUUCCAUAACAGGAAAUCUACACGGUAACAUUGCUGAUUUCAAAAGCCUAGAAUUCCUGGAUAUUUCCAAUAACCUCUUUUCCUCAUCCUUGCCAUUGGUGAUUGGUAAGUUAAGCAGUUUGCAGAAUCUGUCUUUGGCUGGAAAUAAUUUCUCUGGCCCAAUUCCUGACUCUAUUUCAGAAAUGUCGUCCAUCAAGUCCCUGGAUUUGAGCCGCAACUCCUUUUCUGGAGAGCUGCCAGUGUCGUUGACAGAAGUGACUAGCCUUGUAUCUCUUAAUUUGUCUCAUAAUGGCUUCACUGGAAAAAUUCCUAAAGGUUUUGAGCUCAUUCCUGCCCUUGAAAAACUUGACUUGCAUGGGAAUAUGCUUGAAGGUAAUUUAGAUGUUGAAUUUAUGCUUUCAUCAAGUGCCAGCUAUGUUGAUUUAAGUCAGAACAAGCUGUCAAGUUCUGAUUCCAAGCAGAAGUUUCUACCUCGGCUAUCUGAAAGUAUUAAGCAUCUGAAUUUAAGUCACAACCAGCUUACUGGAUCUUUAGCCAAUGGAGUUGCAGAACCUGUUUUUGAAAACUUGAAAGUGUUGGACCUCAGCUACAAUCAGUUGGAUGGAGAAUUGCCUGGAUUUGAUUUUGUUUAUGAUCUCCAGGUCCUCAGGCUUAGCAACAAUAGAUUUUCAGGAUUUAUUCCUAAUGGCCUACUGAAAGGAGACUCUUUGGUUUUAACUGAACUAGAUUUGAGUGCCAACAAUCUCUCAGGGCCACUAAGUAUAAUUACAUCAACAACACUUCACUCUCUUAACCUGUCGUCAAAUGGAUUCACUGGUGAACUGCCACUGCUGACAGGAAACUGUGCUGUACUUGAUCUGUCAAAUAACAAAUUAGAAGGAAAUUUAACCAGGAUGUUGAAAUGGGGGAAUAUAGAAUUUCUUGAUCUCAGUGGGAAUCAUUUGACGGGGACCAUUCCUGAGGAAACACCUCAAUUUUUGCGACUAAAUUAUUUGAAUCUAUCCCAUAAUUCUCUCAGUAGCUCCCUUCCAAAAGUCUUGAUACAGUAUCCAAAGCUGAGAGUGCUUGACAUUAGUUUCAACCAAUUAGAUGGACUACUUCGACCUGGUCUUCUCACAAUGGCCACAUUGCAAGAGCUGCAUCUUGAGAACAAUAUGAUAUCUGGUGGCAUCAAUUUCUCAUCUUCUCCUGACCAAUCUGAUCUUCAGAUUCUUGAUCUUUCUCACAACCAGCUUAAUGGUUAUUUUCCUGAUGAAUUUGGGUCAUUAACCGGCCUGAAAGUGGUAAAUAUUGCUGGAAAUAAUUUCUCUGGUUCACUUCCAACAACCAUUGCUGACAUGAGUUCACUAGAAUCCCUGGAUAUAUCAAAGAAUCAUUUUACUGGCCCUUUACCGAAUAACAUGGCAAAGGGGCUCCAAAACUUCAAUGCUUCCGAAAAUGAUCUAUCUGGACUCGUCCCAGAAGUUUUUAGGAAGUUCCCUAAUUCUUCUUUCUUUCCUGGGAAUUCCAAGUUACAUUUUCCAAAUGGUCCUCCAGGAUCUACUGCCACACCUGCUGAACGUUCCAAGAGGAAGCAUUUGAACACCAUUGUUAAAGUAAUAAUCAUAGUGUCAUGUGUGGUUGCGCUCUUCAUAUUAAUCUUACUUGCUGUCUUCAUACACUACAUACGUAUAUCAAGAUCUCCACAAGAAUAUGAUACAAGUAAGGAUAUCCACAGGCAUCCUCAACCAAUUAUCUCGGCUCCUGUCCGCACUACUGAUAGGGGUGGUGCUUUGGUUGUUUCAGCCGAGGAUCUUGUGGCCACACGCAAAGAGUCACCAUCAGAGGUUAUCAGCUCUGAUGAAAAGAUGGCAGCUGUAACAGGGUUCUCUCCAUCAAAACAAAGCCACUUUUCAUGGUCACCAGAAUCUGGUGAUUCAUUCACUGGUGAAAAUCUUGCAAGACUAGAUACUAGGUCACCAGAUCGGUUGAUUGGAGAGCUGCAUUUUCUUGAUGAUUCGAUAACAUUGACACCCGAGGAGCUGUCAAGGGCCCCCGCAGAGGUUCUGGGAAGAAGUAGUCAUGGUACUUCUUACAAGGCCACUCUGGAGAAUGGUUUGUUGUUAAGAGUGAAGUGGUUGAGAGAAGGAGUAGCCAAACAGAGAAAAGAAUUUGUCAAGGAGACCAAAAAAUUUGCAAACAUCAGACAUCCAAAUGUAGUGGGAUUGAGAGGAUAUUAUUGGGGCCCUACACAACACGAGAAGCUCAUUCUUUCAGAUUACAUCUCACCAGGAAGUCUUGCAAGUUUUCUUUAUGAUCGACCAGGAAGAAAAGGUCCACCAUUAACUUGGACCCAGAGACUCAAAAUAGCAGUUGAUGUAGCACGUGGCCUGAACUAUCUCCAUUUUGAUCGUGCCAUCCCUCACGGGAACCUCAAAGCCACAAAUGUGUUGUUAGACACAACUGAUAUGAAUGCACGCGUUGCUGAUUACUGCCUUCACCGGCUCAUGACUCAAGCAGGUACUAUUGAACAGAUUCUUGAUGCUGGGGUGUUAGGUUAUCGUGCUCCGGAGUUAGCUGCCUCCAAGAAGCCAAUGCCCUCCUUCAAGUCAGAUGUUUAUGCUUUUGGAGUGAUACUUUUGGAACUUCUAACCGGAAGGUGUGCUGGUGAUGUGAUAUCUAGUGAUGAGGGAGGUGUUGAUCUGACAGAUUGGGUGAGGUUGCGUGUGGCAGAAGGCCGAGGCUCAGAAUGUUUUGAUGCUGCCUUGAUGCCAGAAAUGAGCAAUCCUGUUGUAGAAAAGGGAAUGAAGGAGGUCCUGGGAAUAGCCAUGCGAUGCAUUCGAUCAGUUUCUGAAAGGCCUGGCAUCAAAACUAUAUAUGAAGAUCUCUCUUCUAUAUAG